CCCCGCCUCUCCCCGCUCCGCCCUGAGAGGAAGAUGAGGAACCCGCAGCUCGGACUGCGAAAUCAUGGCAACAUUCAUGGAGCGGUUCGCUUUCCUCCAGAAAGUGCCCACCCUGAUGAAGGCUACAGCAGAUGAUGAAACCCCCUGUCCUGGCUACUUGUUCCAGGAGAUUGGAAAAAUCUCCCAUGAAUCUUCAGGUUGUGGUCAGUGUUUGUUGGAGUACCUUCUGGAGAGGCUGCAAGCUGAGUCCUGUCAUGUUAAAUUAAAGGUGCUGAAGAUCUUUGUCCAUCUCUGUAGCCAUGGUUCAAACCAUUUCCUCGUAGAACUUCGAAGGAACUCCACCUUCAUCCAGCAAGCGUCAGUUUAUAGUGGCCCACCUGAUCCCAUUCAUGGCACAGCAUUGUACCAGAAAGUGAGGAAUACAGCACAGGAAGUGGCCAGGUUGCUUUUUACAGAUACAAUGUCCACCAAGAGCGGCAUCUCUCCACUCAACCUAGUGCCCACAACGAUGGGUAUGGGCUCUGACCACAGGUCAGGAAUGCAGGGCUUUGGUUACAGUCCAGGGAAGCAGGGGAUAGGGAGUGAUUCACUAUUGGAUAAGAUCCAGAAAGCUGCAGAGGUAGUGGCCAGUGCUGUCCUUCCACCGACUGAACACCAGGGCAUCCGUCUCCAAGACAACCACUACAGGGCCGUAGUGGCGCCGUCUGCACCCAUAGAGGUUGCGGUGCCUGCAUGUGCCUAUAACCUGCCUGCUCGCAAACCAAAAGCGGUGACCCAGCGCUGCCCGGGGCAGGUAGGAGGCGGCUGGGAAGAGACCGACAGCGGCAACAGCUCCUCUCACAACUCCUCUCAGGACAUCCCAGCCAACAGCAGGGCCUCAGUGGGCAGCAAGUCAGCGGGGACUGGAAGCCAAUCGGGGGCCAGUAGAGAGAGCAGUGGGGACCUAUCGGAACGGGUUGAAGCGUUGCAGUUGGGGGACUGUGGCCAGGAGAUGGCACUUAUCAGCAGACUGACUGAAGGAUCCAGAGUGUUCCUGUCCAGAGAGGAGAACCAACACUUCAUCAAAGAAUGCUCCAUUCUUAACUGUGAGGUUGUGAUGGAGUUGCUCUCAAGCAAACUUCAAGAUCCCUCAAACACCAUUAAGAUGAGGGCGCUGUGUGCUGUCGCAUGCCUCAUGACCUCUGACCUUCUCUCCCUGGAGCAAAUGUUUGGAGCCACACAAAGGAGGCUUCGCCAGCUGAGUGAGGGGCCCCCAGGACCUGUGGCAAACAAAGCCACCAAGAUUUUGCGACAGUUUGAAGCUCUGACUGGUGGAUCUUUGAACGCUCCCAAGCAGGAUACAGCAAACAGCAGCCACCAGGCUACAACUACUCAGCCUCACACAUCUUCAUACUCAGACCCUUUACUACCAUCUUGCUCUGCUGACAGCAGCAACCUCAACCAUCAUCAGCCUGACAUCACACCUAUAGAUGUCACUCAGCUACCAGAUCGCGCAUCUUCCCCUUCUAGUCUUGCUUUGGCACAGAAAGACUCAGCGGACCUGAUGAAUGACGGUGAUGAGGUGAAACUUUCUUCCAUUCAGCCAGAGCCCUUCAGGACUGCUGACGUUCAGAUUGACGUCGAAGAUCCAGAGCUUAUCAGAGACGGAGGUUCCUCUCCUCUCUCUGAUCUGCAGAGCAGGCACCAGCCCUGUCUAAGCAGAGUGUCUCUGUUUAGUGGUAUGGAGCUGGUGACCAAGGGGAGGCCGCUGUGCGAGAGGGAAAGAGAAACGUACCAGACUGACACGGACAGAAAGGAUGAUGACUUAAAGGAGGAUACAGCUGAGCACAAGUCUGACGAUGCAGAACGUUCAACUCCCCCUGUCACCAGUAAAAACAACGAGAGUUCUUCUUCAUUUUGCAACUCGGCUGCAUCUGAUAGCAGCCAGCCAGUAUCUGCCUUCUCAUUUCUCAAAUUUUGACCAACAACUGCUGCUGGAACUGUUCUACCUAAACCAAUGAUGUCAUCACAUAUCUAUAUCAUUUUAGGAAAUCUAUUUAAUUAUAAACAAGGUCAGAUCUGCAAGGUUAUACUGUAUAGAGAGCAGAUUCAUAUUAUGUUCAAGUUGUCUAUUCGUAUGUGAGUAGUGGCUCUAUUGAAGCUGUACUUAAAAGACCAGUGUGUGGAAUUAAUGCCAAGUUCACACUACAUGAUUUUUACCUCAUUUCCCACUCGACGGUGUUCGAUCGGCAGUCGCCAAUCAUCCUCACAUCCCAUUGGCUCCCAUCGGGUGAUGAAUUAACCUCUGGGGAAAGCGGCCAAUGCUUUGGGGCUCUGGUGUAGACAGAAUUGAUUUUUAGGGCCAAGACUCUGUCAUUCUUUCACCUGACACUGUUUACAGUUCGACUAGUUUCUAAUGUCACACAAGUCGAAUGCUUCUCCACCAAAAACACAAGCAGGGACAAUUUUAGUAACUGCUUAAGUUCCAGACAACAAUUUGGCUCAUCUCUGUUAACAGAUAUCUGCAUAUGAAUCCAGAUAAACUUAAAAGCAGAUAGCUGAUGCAUUUCAGUUAAUGUAUUCUGUGUCUAUUGCUUUUCACAUUAACGGUUUACCUGCAGGCAACAGAAGGCUCCUCAAACGUGAUGAUCUUGAAAUGCAAACCAGAAGGCUUCCAGCUCUAAAAUCUUCACAUGCAGAAUCUGUUUACAGAGAUUUCUGGCCUUCAGAGCCAGUGUUUGAUUUGACCCUUCUGGGCUACUGGAGAAAAAAUGUGAUGCAACAUGACAGACUCUUCAGAAGAGGACCUGCUCUAUUAGAUAUGACUGGUUAAUGUUUAAGCUAAUAAAAACAUGGUUAUGAUUAUUAUAUUCAUUUAUACAAUUUGUGCUAACGGACUGCUUUGAAUCCUCCACACUGCUCCUUUAACCGGCAGAUUGGGUGAGGGACAGAUCCAGGACUCUGAGCUGUAGUCAUUGAGGGACUUAAGUUGAAUUUCUCAAGAAAAGUAUGGUUGUCUUGAAUUACAGGUUCUGAUGGCUGUUUUAUCUCAGGAUUUAUUUUAGGUAACAACUCGUACACCUCUGCAGCAGCCCCUGAACUUCUGAGGGAGAAUCCCUUGAUUUGUAAUUUGCACUAGUUGAUUUUUUUUUUAAUGAUCUCAUGAAAAUACAACGCGGAGUCGUCUUCCAUAUUCUGUGGUACUAAAAUAUCAGUAUUUUGUGUUAAGUUUACAAAUUAUUAAGUAAUUCUACCCUGUAUUGAUUGAAACAUACCCAUGAGAAUAGAGUGCAUGUCUUUAAUGAAAAAAACUGGGUGAGGAGAACUAACGUGGACAUUUUUCGCUGACAUCUGUGUGCAAUAACCAAUGUGUGAAACAUCUGCAAUCAGCAUAAUGAAAAAAUAUCUUCAACUUAACAGUCACUCCUAAAUAAAAUGUAAACUGCAUUCACUAUGGUUAUUUCAGUGACACGUGUUUAGUACAAACGACAUGCCAUAAUGGAAACCUCCUGGUACAUAAAGUGAAAGCUACUGUACAAUUACUGCUAGUCACUUUGUUACAGUGAAUGCAAGCCACGCUGUUGCACAUGUUGAAGAAUAAAACAUGCCGUUUUUUGUA